UAGUGAAUUAAUUUUCUCGCGCCGCCAUGUUGGCAAGGUCUGACGUUUAGUGUAAUUAUUGGUGCAAAAGUGUGGCUUUUUGUAACGUUUUGUGUGUUUUCUCGUUGUUUGAAGAAUGUUUAGUUAAUAAUGUCGGGCGGUUCGAUUAAUAAAGAAAAUUUCGAAGGCACCUCCGGCGAUCAAUCGCCCACAAAUGAGGAUUCAAGUUUGAGACUGAUGAUGGCGACGGCCGAAAGGCUGGCCGAGAGUACAAAACGACGGCAUCGGGACGAUAACCGCGAGCACUUCAGGCACGAGAGGGCGGAGGGCUACCGGGAGAAGAGACACUCGCAUAGGGACAGGCACCACAGAGAGCGGCGCCACCGCUCAAUAGAGCGGGACAGAUCUCGCCACCACCGAAAAAAAUCACACAGAAAUGAGAGAGAUACAAAAGGUAACUUACUAGGAUCAAAAUACUCUGAUUCAUGUAAGUAUGAUGUACAGAAAUCAAAAGAUUUUAGAAAUUCAAAUCAUGACUCAGAGAAUAGGAAAAAUGAAACUGAAAAUACAGUAGAAGAAUCUAAAACAUUUAGCGAGAUUUUAGAAGACGAUUUCAAAGAUUUAGAAUCGGAAUCGCCGCCUUCGGAGAAAAGGCUCAAACUGGAGGAAGACAGUGAUGAAAGUACUGAAAGUAAGCUCAGCGAGGAAAUAAUAGAGAGACCGGACGAGCCUGAUGAGAAACCCGAGUAUGACGAAACGCUGCCUCCCUAUUACCCUGCCAUUGAGGGCUGCCGGUCACUGGACGAGUUCCAGUGUUUGAACCGUAUCGCUGAGGGCACCUACGGCGUGGUGUACAGGUUUCGGGACAAAAGAACUGACGACAUAGUCGCCCUCAAAAAACUCAAAAUGGAGAAGGAGAAAGAAGGCUUUCCGAUUACGUCGCUGCGCGAAAUCAACACCCUCCUCAAGGGCCAGCACCCAAAUAUCGUAACAGUCCGAGAAAUCGUGGUCGGGAGCAAUAUGGAUAAGAUUUUUAUCGUGAUGGAUUACGUCGAGCACGAUCUCAAAUCGCUGAUCGAGAUGAUGAGGCGCAAAGAUCAGCAUUUUACGCCCGGAGAAGUCAAAUGUCUCCUCAAACAGUUGCUAGCGGCAGUGGCACAUCUCCACGAUAAUUGGAUCUUGCACCGCGAUUUGAAAACAUCAAAUCUGCUUCUAUCACAUAAUGGUAUUUUGAAAGUCGGCGAUUUUGGUUUAGCGAGAGAGUAUGGAUCACCGCUGCGGCCUUACACUCCGAUAGUGGUAACUCUGUGGUACAGGGCGCCGGAGUUGUUGCUCGGGGUCAAAGAGUACUCGACGCCGAUUGAUAUGUGGUCAGUGGGGUGUAUUUUUGCCGAGUUUUUACUAAUGAACGCGAUUUUUCCCGGGAAAUCUGAGGCCGAGCAGAUCAACAGGAUUUUUAAGUGUUUGGGGACGCCGACUGAGAAGAUCUGGCCCGGCUUUAACAAGUUGCCGGUGGCCCAAAAAAUGAAAUUUACGAACCACACGGUGUCGAAUUUGCGUAAAAGGUUCCAAAUGUUGAACGAUUUGGGUCUGAGCUUCAUGUUGAACUUUUUGACCUUCGACCCCCACCAAAGAAUCACAGCCGAGGAGGCUUUAAAACACCCGUAUUUUAGUGAAUUCCCGCCUCCGAUUGACCCUUCGAAUUUUCCUAAAUGGCCGGCGAAGAGCGAACUGGGUCAGAAGCGGGCGGCUGAGGCCAGUCCGAAGCCGCCAUCUGGGGGCGGCGAGUAUAAAAAACUAGGUGACGAAGACGGGUUUAGGAUAGGCCUCGAGACUGACAAUAGCAGGAUAGGAGCCGGGUUUAGUUUAAAGUUUUAAGAGUAAUUUUUUAAUGUUCGCUAUAAAUAAACUUCAGGUAUUUUGAA